UAUGCAGUUUAUCAAUAUUGUAGUCCAUUCAGUAGAAGAUAUGAACUUCAGAGUUCACCUCCAAUAUGAAUUUACCAAGUUAGGCCUGGAUGAAUACUUGGACAAGCUGAAACACACAGAGAGUGACAAGUUGCAAGUACAAAUUCAGGCUUACCUGGACAAUGUGUUUGAUGUAGGAGCUCUGCUGGAAGAUGCAGAAACCAAGAAUGCAGCCUUGGAGAGGGUAGAAGAACUGGAAGAAAACAUCUCUCAUUUAUCUGAAAAACUGCAGGAUACGGAGAAUGAAGCCAUGUCCAAGAUUGUGGAACUGGAAAAGCAGCUCAUGCAGAGGAACAAGGAGCUGGACGUUGUCCGAGAAAUCUACAAAGAUGCAAAUACCCAAGUCCACACAUUAAGAAAAAUGGUCAAAGAAAAAGAAGAAGCCAUUCAAAGGCAGUCUACCCUGGAAAAAAAGAUACAUGAACUGGAGAAACAAGGAACCAUUAAAAUUCAGAAGAAAGGAGAUGGGGACAUUGCCAUAUUGCCAGUUAUGGCUUCUGGCACAUUAUCCGUGGGGUCAGAAGUAGUAGCGGGUAACUACGUGGGACCAGUUACAGGGGCUGCCUCCUCAGGACCCUUGCCACCUCCUCCCCCACCACUACCUCCACCAUCAGACACACCUGAAGCAGUGCAAAAUGGCCCAGUAACACCAAUGCCACCACCUCCACCUCCCCCACCUCCACCCCCUCCUCCUCCCCCACCUCCGCCACCUCCUCUCCCAGGUCCUGCAGCUGAGACAGUGCCAGCUCCACCUCUACCACCCCCCCCUCCUCCCUCUGCACCCCCACUGCCCGGGACAUCUUCACCCACUGUGGUUUUCAACUCAGGAUUAGCAGCUGUGAAAAUUAAGAAGCCUAUCAAGACAAAGUUCAGAAUGCCAGUUUUUAACUGGGUUGCACUAAAGCCCAACCAGAUCAAUGGCACAGUCUUCAAUGAGAUUGAUGAUGAGCGGAUUCUGGAGGACUUAAAUGUGGAUGAAUUUGAGGAAAUAUUCAAGACAAAAGCCCAAGGUCCUGCCAUUGAUCUUUCUUCAAGCAAGCAGAAGAUAACACAGAAGGGAUCAAAUAAAGUGACAUUACUAGAAGCAAAUAGGGCCAAAAAUCUUGCCAUAACUUUAAGGAAAGCUGGAAAGACUGCUGAUGAGAUCUGCAAAGCUAUUCAUGUAUUUGACCUGAAGACACUGCCUGUAGACUUCGUAGAAUGUUUGAUGAGGUUCUUGCCAACUGAGAACGAGGUGAAAGUGCUUCGGCUCUACGAGCGGGAAAGGAAGCCCUUGGAGAACUUGUCGGACGAAGAUCGCUUCAUGAUGCAGUUCAGUAAGAUUGAGAGGCUCAUGCAGAAGAUGACCAUCAUGGCCUUCAUUGGAAACUUUGCAGAAAGCAUUCAGAUGCUGACUCCUCAACUGCAUGCAAUUAUAGCAGCAUCUGUCUCUAUAAAGUCAUCUCAGAAGCUCAAGAAAAUUUUGGAGGCAAGUGAAGUUUUCCUUGUGUACGUACAUACUGACUCGUCAGCUGCCUUCCAAAGCCUGAUGGCUCUCUUUUCUCUCUUGCAGAUCAUCUUGGCCCUUGGAAACUAUAUGAAUAGUAGCAAACGAGGAGCCGUUUAUGGAUUUAAACUUCAGAGUUUAGAUCUGCUCUUGGAUACAAAGUCAACAGACCGAAAGCAAACGCUGUUGCACUAUAUAUCAAAUGUUGUAAAAGAAAAAUAUCACCAAGUGUCUCUGUUUUAUAACGAGCUUCAUUAUGUGGAAAAAGCUGCUGCAGUCUCUCUUGAGAAUGUUCUACUGGAUGUCAAGGAGCUACAGAGGGGCAUGGACUUGACCAAGAGGGAGUACACGAUGCAUGACCACAACACGCUGCUGAAGGAGUUCCUCAUCCACAAUGAGGGGAAGCUGAAGAAGCUUCAGGAUGAUGCCAAGAUCGCACAGGAUGCCUUUGAUGAUGUGGUGAAGUAUUUUGGAGAAAACCCCAAGACAACACCACCUUCUGUCUUCUUUCCUGUGUUUGUCCGGUUUGUGAAAGCAUAUAAGCAAGCAGAAGAGGAAAAUGAACUGAGGAAAAAGCAGGAACAAGCUCUCAUGGAAAAACUACUGGAGCAAGAAGCUCUGAUGGAGCAGCAGGACUCAAAGUCUCCUUCCCAUAAAUCAAAGAGACAGCAGCAAGAGUUAAUUGCAGAGUUAAGAAGGCGACAAGUUAAAGAUAACAGACAUGUAUAUGAGGGAAAAGAUGGUGCCAUUGAAGAUAUUAUCACAGAUCUUAGAAACCAACCAUACAGACGAGCCGAUGCGGUGAGGAGAAGUGUCAGGCGGCGCUUUGAUGAUCAGAACUUGCGUUCUGUUAACGGUGCCGAGAUAACAAUGUGAACCCACGAUCUGCCUACAUGAAUAGAGGGUGUUCGUGAAUGGAAUUGCCUACAUGAACUUUACGUGUUACAAUUUAGUUGCAGCCUUGAACACAGAUAAAAUAUUAAGGGCUCAGACUUAGCAAACAACAUAGGAAUUUAAAAAUGAUUCUUUCAACCCUCGUUAACAAGUGCCUAAAAAUGGAAGUACCUGCUCAGAUUAAUCAAAGCAAUAGGAUUUGAUUUAUCUUUUUACAUCAGUAUGUUGCUCAGUUUUUUAACCAAAAUGUAAAUUUCCUAUUAAAUUCAUUACUUGCCAUUGUGAUUGUCCCAUGAUGGCCCACCCUGGUUUCCUGAUAAGCUGUAAAUAACAUGGAUGCAUCUGCUUUGGGCUUCCUUUGUUAAGAUGUCUCCUAAGGAAUUAAUUUUGUGUUUCAGCCAUAUCCAUCAACUUUGUAUUUUUAAGGACUUGCAACAUGGAAGGAAAAAGUCCCAUGACAAACUCCUUCAAUGUCUAAGCCCCAAAGAAGUGCAAACAGGAUACAAUUGCAGUGGCACAAGAGGUCACUCAACUCUAGUUUCCGGUUUCACAUUCUACUUCUGUGCUAGGGUGCCAUGCCCUGAGAGAGACAUUUACUGGUAUGAGUCCAAGAU